AUGUCGCAAUCCAACCAUGUUGUUGUACGCUGGCUUCGUAUUGAUCAACUUAUACUUGGUUGGUCGAAUAGCUCACUAUUAGAUGCACCCUUGUCUCAGGUGAUCAACAGUGAAUCCUCCCAAGAUGCUUGGGAAGUGUUGAGAACUUUGUAUGGAAGCCAUACAAAGGAUAGGAUCCAACAAAUUAGAGGCGAGUUUCAAACACUCACCAUAGGCACGUCCUCAAUGGAGGACUAUGUCCACAAAGCCAAGUCAUUGGCUCUUUCACUUCAUGGUGCUGGCAAACCAAUGGAUGAAGAUGACUUCAUCACUUGCAUCCUCAGAGGUCUUGGAUUUGAACUUGAUCCUAUUGUUGCUGCCAUCAAUGCUCACGAAGUUUUCCCACCACUUGAAGGCGUGAUUGGCAAACUAAAAGAUUUGGAAAUGUGUAUCGUAUCUGCCCAUGAAGCAUCUUCUGCUAUUGCCCUCUAUACAAACCAUGGAAACUUUAACAACCAUACUAGGGGAUUUCGUAAUUCUUGUGGACGUGGUUCUGCACCCUCCCAGUAUCACCAACAGAAAUAA